AUGUCGCGGAUUUUCAGCAGAAGAAUCAGCGAAUUUGCAGCCAGGGCACAUGUGCCUGCUGAAUUAACCAGCCGGACUCCUCCCUACGAGACGCUCUUGACCAAGCUCGAGUCUGCCCGCAAGAUCUUGGAUCGCCCGCUCACCUACGCGGAAAAGAUACUCUAUGCGCAUUUGACCAACCCCGAAGAGUCGCUAUCUGCAUUGCCUUCUAACCGCGUUCGCGGGGAGGCUUAUCUCAAACUAAAUCCUGACCGGGUUGCCAUGCAAGACGCCUCUGCACAGAUGGCCCUUUUGCAGUUCAUGACCUGCGGCAUGGCUGAGACCGCAGUGCCCGCUAGCAUCCACUGUGAUCACCUUAUCGUAGGCAAAGAAGGUGCUGAGACAGACCUGAAGGCAGCUGUGGCCACCAACAGCGAGGUUUUCGACUUUUUGGAGUCUUGUGGUCGCAAGUACGGUAUUCAGUUCUGGGGACCCGGAUCAGGUAUCAUUCACCAGAUCGUCUUGGAAAACUUUUCGGCUCCCGGCCUGAUGAUGCUCGGUACAGACUCACACACCCCUAAUGCUGGUGGUCUGGGUGCUAUUGCCAUUGGUGUAGGCGGUGCGGACGCCGUCGAUGCACUCACUGGCACCCCGUGGGAGCUCAGAGCGCCCAAUAUCCUUGGUGUCAAACUCACCGGUCAGCUGUCGGGCUGGGCUUCUCCUAAGGAUGUAAUCACCACUCUUUCAGGUAUUUUGACCGUUCGCGGUGGCACUGGCUCUAUCAUCGAAUACUUUGGCGAAGGUGUUCAGACUCUUAGCUGCACCGGUAUGGCUACCAUCUGUAACAUGGGUGCUGAAGUAGGUGCUACCACAUCUACCUUCCCCUUCACCGAAAGCAUGCGUCGUUAUCUUGCUGCCACUCACCGUGGCCCCGUCGGUGAGCUUGCUGCUGAAGUUAAUGGAAAGACUGGGUUGCUGCAGGCCGACGAGGGUGCCGAGUACGACCAGAUCGUCGAAAUCAACCUUUCCGAGCUCGAGCCGCAUAUCAACGGACCUUUCACCCCUGAUUUGAGCACACCAGUCUCGCGGUUUGCCAACUUCAUCAAGGAGAACAACUAUCCUGAAACCACCAGUGCUGGUCUCAUUGGUUCCUGCACUAACAGCUCUUAUCAAGAUAUGACUCGUGUUGCAUCUUUGGUUGAGCAGGCCGAGAACGCAGGUCUUAAGCCGAAGACUCCUUUCUUUGUUACUCCUGGUAGCGAGCAGAUUCGUGCUACCAUGGAGCGGGACGGUCUUAUCGACAUUUUUGAACGUAAUGGUGCCAAGGUGUUGGCUAACGCUUGUGGACCCUGCAUUGGUCAGUGGGAUCGUAGUGGUGAGGCCGUGGUCGAGAAUAAACAGGCCAAUGCUAUUUUCACUUCCUUCAACCGUAACUUCAAGGCUCGUAAUGACGGCAAUCCAAACACAUUGAAUUUCCUGACUUCUCCAGAAAUUGUCACUGCCAUGGCCUAUGCCGGCAGCACCACUUUCAACCCUCUUACUGACAGCAUUGGCGACUUUAAGUUCUCUCCUCCAUCUGCAGGCUUUGAAUUACCUCGUGCUGAGGACGGCGGCUUCACUGAGGGCCCUCGCCGUCAGUUCUACCCCAAAUGGGACCCCACCCCUGAGCCAUCCACUGAUGUCGCUGUUUCUCCCGACAGUGAUCGGCUGCAGCUUCUUGAGCCCUUCGACAAGUUCAACGGCCAGGAGCUCAAAACAACUGUGCUUCUGAAGGUUCAGGGCAAGUGCACUACCGAUCAUAUUUCUGCUGCUGGUGUUUGGCUCAAGUACAAGGGUCAUCUUGAAAAUAUCUCCAACAACACCCUCAUUGGUGCUGUUAAUGCUGAAACCGGCGAGACCAACGUCGUUUCUGAUUUCGAUGGCACCAAGCUGUCCAUUCCCGACCUCAUGAUUCACUGGAAGGUCGAGGGUAUCCCUUGGGCUGUGGUUGCCGAACACAACUACGGCGAGGGAUCCGCUCGUGAACACGCUGCACUUUCGCCUCGUUUCUUGGGCGGACGCUUAGUUCUUGUCAAAUCAUUUGCUCGUAUUCACGAGACCAACCUCAAGAAGCAGGGUAUGCUUCCUCUGACCUUUGCUGAUGCCGCUGAUUACGAUCGAAUUGGAUCUCACGACGUUAUUGAGACUGUUGAUCUUCUCGACAUGCUUAACAAGAACGGCGAUAACGGCGGCACGCUCACCCUCCGUGUCACUAAGCCCUCAGGUGAGCAGUUUGAGAUCACCGCCAAGCACACCAUGUCUAAGGACCAAGUCGACUUCUUCAGAGCCGGCUCUGCCAUCAACUUCAUCGGCAAUCAAAAGUAG